AUGAACUCAUACUGUGUAGACGAGAGUCUCCUCUUACUCUGCCUCUGGCACCAUGAUCCCCUGGUUACCCGAGUGCUACAUUGGCAUGGGGGCUUUGCCGAGGUGGACUCCAUGACAGAGGCGGUGGCCGGGGAGAGCUUCCUCAUGGACUGCAUCUCCUGUAAGAGGAGAGAGGAGGUCCAGGCCCAAACCACGGUUGACUGGCACUUCAGAGCCACAGGAGAGGAGGAGUACAUCCGCAUAAGUAGGCCUACUACAUACACUCCCUCUCCUCUUCCUAUCCAAUCGGUGGUGUCAGAGAUCAUGAUGUACGUGCUGAUCGUGGUGCUGCAGCUGUGGAUGUUUGUGGUGCUGAUCCACUGCUACAACAAGAUCUGGGCUGAACACGAGGCGUGGGACGCCCGCAAAACCUUGAGGGCCCAAGAACUGGCCCUAAUAAACAAGUGA